AGUGGGUUAAUUUUUUCAACCCUAAAUUAAUAAAAUUGUGCAGCCCAACGACAGCCAGCAGCCGAGCGGAUCGCCAUCGACGAACGCGAAGGGCCAAGUCGUGAAGUCGGCCGCCGCAGACCGCCUGCCGCCUGUUCCUCAGUCUUCUGUUACAGUGGUGCGCCGUGAAUCCUCCAGCUGUGCUCACAUUCAGCCUUUCACUGCCUCACAGAUUCAGCUUUCAGCCGUUUCAGUAAUGGGAGGGAAGUGCCCCCAUCGAAGCGUGAGGAAGCGCCGCUACUCUCACAAAACUGCCCGCCGCACUAAAUUCCUGGUAAAAGGAGACGACGCCGUUUACGAGGAACUUCACAAGCCGGAGGAGCAGGGCCUUGCGAAAGCCAUGCCCGUCGAUGAAGACCUCCCAGGUAUGGGGCAGUACUAUUGCUUACACUGCGAUCGAUAUUUCGCGAAUAUUACUGUGAGGGAUGACCAUUUUAAGACUAAAAAGCACAAGAAGCGUAUGAAGAUGAUGAUGGGAGGAGCGCCCCACACACAGCUUGAUGCUGAUUUAGCUGGUGGGAUGGGUCUUCCUGAUAAUGGACCAAAGCUCAUGGCAAUGGGCUGAGAUUUUUCCCUAAUGAGCUCUGAUCACUACAACUUCAGAUAAAAGAGGUCUUUCCUUAAACAUAUUUGUUGUGUUUUUUUGCUUAAAGAAUAUAUUACAGCAGGUCUAAGGUAUUCAGUAGUUGAGUAUGGAUAUAACUAGUUUUGAUUCCAGUGUGUUUUUCGCUCCAUGUUUGUUCUGUAUUUUAUGUAUUUUAUAUAUUACGGAGUAUGUGUUUUUGCUUACCCAGUCAUUUUUCAGUUUUACUUGAGUGAAGAACAGAGAGUUGAAUAAAAAACUCUUGACCGGUCUUGAACUUGUGUGCUAGUCUCUUCUGUUUUCAACUCUUUAAUACACGUUCUUCUGAUUUA